AUGGCUCAAGGCGCCGUCAAGAAGGCGUUCAAGCCCGCCAACACCAAGAAGCCUACACAGACAGGACCGAAACGAGGCGCACGCGUCAUCAAGCCCAAGAAAGCGUCCCUCAUCAGCCAGAACAAGAUCAAGAAGAAGCACACCGCCGGCCUCACCGCGAAAACCGAAAAGCUACUCGCCGAGAAAGCGGGACACCUGGAGAUGCUGCGGGGAGGGAAGAAGGAUAAGGAGGGGAAGGCGAAGUGA